UAUUCCUGGGUGACUCUGAAGCAGGUUACGUUUCCUCGGAAGAAGGCUCCUUGGUGGUAAAACUGCAUCUGUCCUAAAGUCAUAGUGAACUCCAGUGCACUGCAUCCAAGCAAAUACUACAAACACAGCUUUGAAGAACAUCCUGAAGAUUAUAUAGGAGACAAUAUAUCAAGAAUCUAUUUAUUGAAUGGUCUAGAACAAAAGCCAGGAGCUCCCUAAUGGAAACACAUUAGUGUUUAUUUUGAUGAAGAAAUCUAUAGAUUUUUUAACACAACCAUAAAGUAGAUAGCUCAGUAAAAAAUCAAUUUUGGAAGAUGUCACUGAACAACUCUUCCAACAUAUUUCUGGAUUCAGUGCCCAGUAAUACCAAUCGCUUUCAAGUUAAUGUCAUAAAUGAGAACCAUGAGAGCAGUGCAGCGGCAAAUGACAACACUGACCCACCACAUUAUGAAGAAACCUCUUUUGGGGAUGAGGCUCAGAAAAGACUCAGAAUCAGCUUUAGGCCUGGGAAUCAGGAGUGCUAUGACAAUUUCCUCCAAAGUGGAGAAACUGCUAAAACAGAUGCCAGUUUUCAUGCUUAUGAUUCUCACACAAACACAUACUACUUACAAACUUUUGGCCACAACACCAUGGAUGCCGUUCCCAAGAUAGAGUACUAUCGCAACACCGGCAGCAUCAGUGGACCCAAGGUCAACCGACCCAGCCUGCUUGAGAUUCAUGAGCAACUCGCAAAGAAUGUGGCAGUCACCCCAAGUUCAGCUGACAGAGUUGCUAACGGUGAUGGGAUACCUGGAGAUGAACAAGCUGAAAAUAAGGAAGAUGAUCAAGCUGGUGUCGUGAAGUUUGGAUGGGUGAAAGGUGUGCUGGUAAGAUGCAUGCUGAACAUCUGGGGAGUCAUGCUCUUCAUUCGCCUCUCCUGGAUUGUUGGAGAAGCUGGAAUUGGUCUUGGAGUCAUCAUCAUUGGCCUGAGUGUGGUAGUGACGACACUCACAGGUAUUUCUAUGUCUGCUAUUUGCACGAAUGGAGUAGUAAGAGGAGGUGGGGCCUACUAUCUUAUUUCCAGAAGUUUAGGGCCCGAGUUCGGUGGGUCAAUAGGCCUGAUCUUUGCUUUUGCUAAUGCAGUGGCUGUUGCUAUGUAUGUGGUGGGAUUUGCCGAGACUGUAGUAGAUCUUCUUAAGGAGAGUGAUUCGAUGAUGGUGGAUCCAACCAAUGACAUCCGGAUUAUAGGCUCCAUCACAGUGGUGAUUCUUCUAGGAAUUUCAGUAGCUGGAAUGGAAUGGGAGGCAAAGGCCCAAGUGAUUCUUCUGGUCAUUCUUCUCAUUGCUAUUGCAAACUUCUUCAUUGGAACUGUCAUUCCAUCCAACAAUGAGAAAAAGUCCAGAGGUUUCUUUAAUUACCAAGCAUCAAUAUUUGCAGAAAACUUUGGGCCACGCUUCACAAAGGGUGAAGGCUUCUUCUCUGUCUUUGCCAUUUUUUUCCCAGCAGCUACUGGGAUUCUCGCUGGUGCCAAUAUCUCAGGAGAUUUGGAGGAUCCCCAAGAUGCCAUCCCCAGAGGAACCAUGCUGGCCAUUUUCAUCACCACUGUUGCCUACUUAGGGGUUGCAAUUUGUGUAGGGGCCUGUGUGGUCCGAGAUGCCACCGGGAACAUGAACGACACCAUCAUUUCUGGGAUGAACUGCAAUGGUUCAGCAGCAUGUGGGUUGGGCUACGACUUCUCAAGAUGUCGACAUGAACCAUGUCAGUACGGACUGAUGAACAAUUUCCAGGUCAUGAGCAUGGUAUCAGGGUUUGGCCCCCUCAUCACUGCGGGAAUCUUUUCUGCAACGCUCUCCUCCGCCCUGGCCUCCCUUGUCAGCGCACCCAAAGUGUUCCAGGCUCUGUGCAAGGACAACAUCUACAAAGCCCUGCAGUUUUUUGCAAAGGGAUACGGGAAAAACAACGAACCCCUGAGAGGAUAUAUUCUCACUUUUCUUAUAGCCAUGGCAUUUAUUCUUAUUGCGGAACUGAACACCAUUGCUCCCAUCAUCUCCAACUUUUUCCUGGCCUCAUAUGCACUUAUCAAUUUCUCCUGCUUCCAUGCCUCUUAUGCCAAAUCUCCAGGAUGGAGACCUGCAUAUGGAAUUUACAACAUGUGGGUAUCUCUUUUUGGAGCUGUUUUGUGCUGUGCAGUCAUGUUUGUCAUCAACUGGUGGGCAGCUGUCAUCACCUAUGUCAUUGAAUUCUUCCUCUAUGUCUAUGUGACUUAUAAGAAGCCAGAUGUGAACUGGGGCUCCUCCACACAGGCUCUUUCCUAUGUGAGUGCUUUAGACAACGCUCUGGAAUUAACCACAGUGGAAGACCAUGUAAAAAACUUCAGGCCCCAAUGCAUUGUCUUAACAGGGGGACCCAUGACAAGACCUGCUCUCCUGGACAUAACUCACGCCUUUACCAAGAACAGUGGCCUUUGCAUCUGCUGUGAAGUCUUUGUGGGACCGCGCAAACUGUGUGUUAAGGAGAUGAACAGUGGCAUGGCGAAAAAACAGGUCUGGCUUACAAAGAACAAAAUCAAGGCUUUUUACGCUGCAGUGGCGGCAGACUGUUUCAGGGAUGGUGUCCGAAGUCUCCUUCAGGCCUCAGGCUUAGGAAGAAUGAAACCAAACACUCUGGUGAUUGGAUAUAAGAAAAACUGGAGGAAAGCUCCCUUGACAGAGAUUGAGAACUACGUGGGAAUCAUACAUGAUGCAUUUGAUUUUGAGAUUGGCGUGGUUAUAGUCAGAAUCAGCCAAGGAUUUGACAUCUCUCAGGUUCUUCAGGUGCAAGAGGAAUUAGAGAGAUUAGAACAGGAGAGACUAGCAUUGGAAGCGACUAUCAAAGACAAUGAGUGUGAAGAGGAAAGUGGAGGCAUCCGAGGCUUGUUUAAAAAAGCUGGCAAGUUGAACAUUACCAAGACAACGCCUAAAAAAGAUGGCAGCAUUAACACAAUCCAGUCGAUGCAUGUGGGAGAGUUCAACCAGAAACUAGUGGAAGCCAGCACUCAAUUUAAAAAGAAACAAGAAAAAGGCACAAUUGAUGUUUGGUGGUUAUUUGAUGACGGAGGGUUAACACUUCUUAUCCCCUAUAUCUUGACUCUCAGAAAAAAAUGGAAAGACUGUAAAUUAAGGAUCUAUGUCGGAGGAAAGAUCAACCGCAUUGAAGAAGAAAAAAUUGCAAUGGCUUCCCUUCUGAGCAAAUUUAGGAUAAAAUUUGCAGACAUCCACAUCAUUGGUGACAUCAACAUUAAGCCAAACAAAGAGAGCUGGAAAGUCUUUGAAGAGAUGAUUGAACCAUAUCGUCUCCAUGAAAGCUGCAAAGAUUUAACAACUGCUGAGAAAUUAAAAAGAGAAACUCCAUGGAAAAUUACAGAUGCAGAACUGGAAGCAGUCAAGGAAAAGAGUUACCGCCAAGUUCGACUGAAUGAACUCUUACAGGAGCACUCCAGAGCUGCUAAUCUCAUUGUCCUGAGUCUUCCAGUGGCAAGAAAGGGAGCCAUAUCGGAUUUGUUGUAUAUGGCUUGGUUGGAAAUCCUCACAAAGAACCUCCCACCUGUCUUACUAGUUAGAGGAAAUCACAAAAAUGUCUUGACAUUUUACUCUUAAAACAUGAAAGAUUAGAAUACAUUUUACCUUAAUGUAUAUGCAUAAUUAAGAAACAUGUUCCAGUACUUUAUGUUGUAAAUCUGAUCUGUGGAUAUGCAAACCUCUGGAGAUGAUCCUACCAGAUUCUACAUACAUUGCAUAAUUUUUAUCAGUUAAUGCGAGCUUUUUUUUCUCUUCUCAGCUUAAGGGGUUGUCAAAGCCAAAUCCCUAGAAAAACAUUUUUGCACUGCUGUUGAUAAAAACGAAAAUCAAGGAAAUUCAUGUUGGCUUAUGCUCAUGAAAACCACCAAUGUGAUUGUAAACUUCUCCAGACAAACGUAAUCUUUUGUUUCCAGAGUGUUUGCUCCUCAGCACUGGUAUAGGUCUCAGCCCCACAGCAGGAUCUCAAUAAAUGCUUAUUGACAGGCUGGCAAAGUAACCACAGGUGGUUAUCAAAGGAAAAGACCAAUAGGCUGGAGAGCAUAAUUAUGCUUGGCCCCCUCAGAUGCUUAUACCUACAAAGCAGAUUUAAAAAUCAAUAACUCAAAACUUUAAGAAGUACUUGAGUCUACAAAAUGUUCAAAGCAGUUACCUAAAUAAGGUUAUUUAAUGUAACAGAUUAUAUACUUAAAGUGAUCUGAGCAAUCAUUGAUAACAUAUGGCUUAAAUUUGCUGCUGCCUGAAAAGUAUAUUAACUAGAUUAGAAGACACCAUAUACUCCAGUGAAAUGAAAUAUAUUCUAUUCUCAACAUAUAAACUUUAAUUGUACUCCCUAUCAAAUAUUUUGAAAUUUCCAUUACAGCAUUACUUUGCAUAUUUUUUCUAAUUAAAUGGUUAGUACAGAUGAAAUCUUUAUAGAUGAGUACUUGAAAACUAAGUGCCACCAAUUUUCAAACCCUUAUUAAGAAAUAUAUCCUGAAUCAUAUAUUUAGUUACUUUCUAUAGUGAUUGUAUGGAUUUAAAAGAAUAAUUAAAAUGUGAAAUUGAAAAACUUGUAAAAUUUGGAAUAUACAGAUACUGAUUUUUUUCAUUUUUGUUAGUACACCUAUAAUACUUAAUCAUAUUGACAAAACAAUGAAAAUACUGUUUUUCUGAUGAAUGGCUUGAUUUUGCUCCUUGACAUAUUUUGACUGUUCAUUCUAACUGCAAACAUACAUGGGAAAAUAUGAACCUGAAAUAAAAGCACUCAAAUU